AUGUCUGUCAUUCCCAAGUCUGAAUACCGAUUCCUCGGACCUACUGGUCUGCGUGUUUCCUCCAUCUCGCUCGGUGGUUGGAUCACUUAUGGUGAGGGCAAGCAAGUCGAGGAUGAAAAGACCUUGGCUAUUUUCGACAAGGCUUUCAAGCUUGGUAUUAACUAUUUCGAUACUGCUGAGGCCUAUGGCGCUGGCGCUUGUGAAGUCUCUUUCGGUAAGGUCAUUAAGAAGCUUGGUUGGAAGAGAACCGACUAUGUCAUUUCUACUAAACUCUUCUGGGGUGGUGAGGGUGUCAAUGACAGAGGUCUUUCCCGUAAACACAUCAUUGAAGGUCUUGAUGCUGCUCUUGCUAGAUUGCAACACGACUAUGUCGACAUUGUUUUCGCCCACCGUCCUGAUCCUUAUACUCCUAUUGAAGAGGUUGUUCGUGCCUUUACUCAAGUCAUUAACGACGGUAAGGCCCACUACUGGGGAACCUCAAUGUGGAACGCCUAUGAAAUCGAGGCUGCUCAACACGCUGCUACUAAGUACGGUUUAAUUGCUCCUGUUGUCGAGCAACCUAUUUAUAACUUGAUUGAUAGAGAGUUCUUCGAGAAGGAGUUGGCUCCUAUUUUCAAGACCUACAACUACGGUACCACCGUAUUCUCUCCCUUGGCCACUGGUUUGCUUACUGGUAAGUACGCCACUGGUAUUCCUAAGGGUUCUCGUUACGACGCUGAUAACCUUGGCAAGGACGGUUCUUUGCCCGGUAUUUUCAAGCAACGUUUCGAGGAGGAAGAGGGUAAGAAGAACUUCAUCAAGAUCAACAAGUUUGCCGACAUUGCCAAGGACCUCGAGGUCGAGCCCGCUCAAUUGGCUCUUGCUUUCUUGUUGACCAACAAGAACGUCUCCACCCUUAUCACCGGAGCUUCCAGACCCGAGCAACUCGAGGCCAACCUUAAGGCCUACGACGUCCUCCCCAAACUCACUCCCGACGUCAUUGCCAAGAUCGAGGAGGUCUUUGACAACAAGCCUGAGCCCCGUCCCGACUUCGGCCGUCUUGGUUAA